AUGGCUGGACGGAGCUCAAAGCCAACGCAGCCAGACAGCUUCUCAGACCUUACAAGUCUGAUGAAGGCAAAGAAGCCCUACAGGCCAACUUUGCAACAUCCUCCAAAGCCCCAGUUACCGUUCGCUUCCGAACACUUGCAGUCCACGAGCCGUAAAACCACUGCGAGCAGCCCAGCAAAACCUGGCACAACGCCAUUCAAAGCACCCGAGUCGGCUGCAGAUUUCCUAGAACGAGAAGAAGUCGAUUCUGCAAAGCGCUCUCCAGAGACCACUCGAGACUGUGAGUUUAGCAUGCAGCGACUCGACUCACUCUUUGAGCAAUUCAAGAAGGUCACCAUCAACGGUACUGGGACUGCGGAUCACAGUCAUACGACUUUGCCGCGGUAUCAGUCGCCUUUGUUCAUACCCGGGCUUGAAUCACCUGUAGACUUCGGGCCCAAAGAUCUGCUGACACCGGCCGAUUCCGGUAGUCGUACUGCAUCACCGUUCUUAUCUGAAGCACAGCCGGUCGUUCGUCUAGCUAAACAUGUCUAUGACAGUCUUUGCAGGGCUCUUGAAAGUUUGGAGAAGGACAAGCUUGAGCUACAGACAAAAGUUCAGAAGCUCGAAAAACAGCUGAAGAAUUCUCGAGGUGAAGAUGAUGAGGUUGGCACACGAGUGGGACUCCUCAAGUAUCAGAAUGAGGCCAACCGCACACAAAAGGCAGAUAUGGGUCGUGCUUUAAGCGAGAAGGAAUUGAAGAUCAAGACUCAGCAGCUUGAAAUUGACGAUCUCCAGCUCAAGCUCAUCAAAGUCGAAACUGAAGCACAGGCGAUUAGCUCCAUCAUUGGUAGAUUGAACUCCUCUUUACUCAUUGCAGUCGCUAACUAUUACACAGGAGAGCGUGAUUACCUGCGUGACACGCUAUCGUCAGUUCAUGAUCAACAUGCGAAAGCUCUUGAAGAGGUAACAACCUGCAAAGACCAAGAGCUCGAACAAAUCCGGAAUACUCUUCGUGAAGUCCAAGCCACUCUCGCACAGGUGACAUCAGAACGCGAUGCAGCGAGCCGAGCCCGGCUCAAUACAAGCAACCAGGCAGCGCGAGAAGAAAACCUCGUGGAAAAGCUGACCAAGCGCGAGAGGAUUAACACGGAUCUCCGCCAAAAGAUUCUAGAAGAGCAGCUCAGAGUCACACAGCUUGAAGACGAAGUCGAGGACCUCCGCGCUCGUCUCUGCAAGGACAAGAGAGAGGAGCUCGAGCAACAGCUGCGCGAAAAAACAAGUCUGUGCGAUCGCCAGCGUUCCCAACUCAAGAUGGCCGAGCAGCAUCUCAAGAUCAGCGAAGCCAGAGUCAUGCGCGUCUCCAACAAUGGCGACGCCCUGACUGGAGCCGCACACCUGGUUGUCCCGCAUGCAAACACCAAGCUGCCCAAGAACGUCGUCUCGUGCUCUGAAUGCUAUGCCAACAAUCUGACGUGCGACGCACAUGCCAAGUGUCGGAGCUGCGGGGAGCGUGACACGCCAUGUGCGCGGUGGAGGUGUUCGCUCAAGCACAAGUUGGGCACUUGUCCGCUUGUGCCGUGCAAGCUGCCGCACGAUGCGCAAGGAUGGCUGAUGUUACAGCGGGAAGCGAGGCCUCAGUGGUGA